UUUUUUUCUUUUUUUUGUUUUGUAAAAUUCCUCGCUGUCCGCCUCUUAAGAAGCGAGCUGCUCCUGCCAUCUCAAAGAUAAUUUUUCUGGAAGAAAGCUACUUCAUCUCCUCCAAAGCUAUGAACUUUGAGAAGAAAACAGGGGAAGGAGAGUGCGGCUACGAAGCUGCCAUUGGGAGUCUAAAGAAGGUGAUGGCGGUGGUUGACAGCGGCGCUCCGGCGAAGCAAGCCAUGAUGUGGGCUCUCACGCACGUAGCCAACAAGGGAGAUAUCCUCACUCUUCUCUACGUUAUACCGCACUCUGCCGAUCGCUCUCCAACUUCUUCUUCUUCUUCUACCAUGAGAGAGGAAAAGGCUCGCCUUUCUGUCAGCUCUCUUGCCUCCCUCUGUAAAGCCUGUCGCCCUGAGGUGCAAGUGGAAGCUCUGGUGAUCAGAGGACCAAAGCUUGCCACGGUUCUCAAACAAGCGAAGCGGUUAAAGAUCUCUGUUCUUGUUUUAAGCCAAACAAAGUCUUCUGUUCUGUCUUGCCUUAUGAUGAGAAGAAAUGAUAGUUUUGUGGAACAGUGCAUUGAGAAGGCAGAGUGCUUGGCCAUAGCUGUGAGGAAACGGAGCAAUGGAGUAGGGGGUUACCUGGUGAGCACCAGAUGCCAGAGAAACUUCUGGCUUUUGGCUUGAAAUGUUUCGCUUCACAAGAUUAACGCACUGUGCGAAUUAAAACAACAGCUUUUCUUACCUAAAAGUUUUUCUGUAUAGAAAAAAAUGUAUUUUUUAUUAUUAACAGUAGUUCCCUGCUUGUUUUGUUGAUCAAUGUCUUCAUAAUUCUUCCCUGUUUUUGUUGCAGUUUU